AUGUCCUCCGUGGAAUCAGCUGCCAUCUCGCACUACGAAGACGAGGUCUUCCCUCUUUCAUUUUCGAACGGCGCUUUCGAGCCUCCCAUGCUCUCGCAUAGCCCAGACAGGUCGACUUACGCGGACGACUUUUCUCAAUCCUACCAACAGGAAUUGCUGACUUCUCCAUUAUCGUACCCAAUUGUCGAUGAGUCAGAGUGUACGCGUGCUAAGGGUAAGACCGACAGCAACAUAAUAACGGGUACCGAAGAUAGUUUUAUUUUCGAUAUGGAAUUUAGCGGCAGCGGCGUCGUCGCCGCUGCUAAAGAAUCUGCCGCUGCCUCUAGCUUUGCCCUCACAAGUAACGAUGCCUUCGCUAACGUCGCCCAACAGAACUACAGACUAUGGUUGUCGUCGGUAUGA